AUGGCAAAAGGUAGGCUUCACUAAAACUGCUCUGGAAUGAGAUGACCAUGCCACUGACUCGAGCAUGUACGCUCUCACCUCCUCCUCCUACGACACGAACCACGCUGCACGCUGCACGCUGCACGCUGCUCGCUCCUCCUCAUCUCACCCCCCCCAACUUGCACUCAAACCCUUCUGGUCCACUCCUUCUACUAGUCCCCCGUUCGUUCCGUCUCCUUGAAGAACUCGAAAAGGGUGAGAAGGGAAUUGGCGACGGGACGUGUUCGUACGGUUUGGCCGAUGGGGACGAUUUGAUGAUGGAGAAGUGGAACGGGACCAUCAUUGGACCUGGGCAUGUAAGUUCUUUGGGUGCUGAUUGGGAUUGGGUUGGGGAGUGGGGCGGGUUAAGGAAGCACGGGGGGUUUGUUGGGGUUGGUGGUGGUGACCGCGGGUGGGGGGAGGGGGGGAGGGGCGCUUUGGGGGAAGGUUGAAGGCAUGGAGCUCACAUCUCUCGCAUAUCAUUCACAUUUCAUUCAUCUACGAUUCCACCCUUCUCAUCACAUCCACCCACCCCACCCCAUCCCAUCCUCUCCGCUCCUCCUCAGUCGGUGCACGAGAACCGCAUCUACUCGCUCUCGAUCGUCUGCGGCGCUUCCUACCCCGACCAACCCCCCGCCAUCACCUUCCUCACCCGCAUCAACCUCCCUUGUGUUCAUCCUACUUCCGGAAAGGUGCGUUCACCCCUCCGUCGGAGGCGAUCACUGGGCCAGACCAGGUAGGAUGGAGCGAUAGCUUUUUGGCGGGUGCUAAUCCGGACGAGGUUGGAUUUUUGUGCAACGCCAGGUCGACCCUUCGAAAUUGAACGUGCUCGCGAGUUGGAAACACAAUUACACGUUGGAAACGGUCUUGGUCGAAUUGAGGAGGUGCGUUCUCAAAAAAAAAAAGUCGCCUUGGACCAGGCGUUGCUCUACGGGUCGAGUAUUGACCUCUCUCUCUCUCUCUCUGAUGUUGAUGAAAAUGGGGAACACCCCUAAACAGAGACAUGGCUUCACCGACGAAUCGAAAGUUAUCGCAACCUGCCGAAGGGACGACGUUUUAA